AUGCAGCCCAGUCCUGAUGAGUCUGUUGCAUCUCGUCAACCAAGCGAUGCAUCACAGAGAUCUCGGACUAUGUCCAUGGCAUCCACCGUUGCGCCCGAUCGGACGAUGAGCGUUCAAAGCCAAGCCACACAGGCCUCCUCCGGUCAAGUUACCCUUGUUUCUAGGGACUCGCAGCGGAAAGUUCCGGUGGUAUAUCCUGCAUUACUUUCUCUCGUCGCUGAGGUUUUCAGGGAGAAGAUCUCACUCGGCGAACGACAGAAAAACGGUCUCUCGUACCAGAAUGCUUUCUCUGGUACUGAUUCGGUUGACUUGAUCAGCUCUAUCAUCAGAACCAACGACCGCAACCUCGCUCUUCUGCUCGGCCGUGCGCUGGAUGCUCAAAAGUUCUUCCACGAUGUCACAUAUGACCACCGUCUUCGAGAUGCACCCGGAGAGGUCUACCAAUUUAAGGAAACAAUGGGAGAAGACAAGUCGACAAUCGAGGUUAAUGGUGUCUUCACCCUCUUAACUGAAUGUUAUUCUCCUACUUGCAACCGGGACACACUCUGCUAUUCCAUUGCUUGUCCGCGACGACUCGAGCAGCAAGCCAGGUUGAAUCUGAAACCUCAGCAGGUACUGGGAACAUCGGAAUCCAAAACUGCUCUUCCUCCCGAUGAUGAUGACGACAAUGAUAAUCAAAAGUUGUGGAUUAGCACAGUGCCCAAGGAGGUCUCGGACUCUGUUGACGAUCACGAGAAGAAACGACAGGAGAUUAUCUUCGAGGUCAUGUACACGGAGCGUGAUUUUGUCAAGGAUCUAGAAUAUUUGCGAGAUUUCUGGAUGCGACCAUUGCGCGCUGCUGGAACCGCCACUCACUCCCCAAUUCCGGAGCACCGGCGUGAGAAGUUCAUCCGAACCGUGUUUGGCAACUGCUUGGAAGUUCUCAAGGUUAACAGCGCUCUUUGUGAAGCCCUGAAUGCUCGACAAAAGGAGAGUCCAGUCGUUCAAACCAUUGGUGACAUCUUUUGUCAACAUGUUCCCAAUUUUGAUCCUUUUAUCAAAUAUGGUGCCAACCAACUUUACGGAAAGUACGAGUUUGAGAAGGAAAAAGCAUCAAACCCAGCCUUCGCCAAAUUUGUUGAGGACACGGAACGUCUCAAGGAAUCCCGAAAGCUAGAAUUGAACGGUUACUUGACGAAGCCUACAACUCGUCUUGCAAGAUACCCGCUUUUGCUUGAAGGUGUUUACAAAAAUAGUGCGGAUGGAACUCCUGACAAGGAAGAUAUUCCGAAGGCCAUCAAGCUGAUCAAGGACUUCCUUUCGCGUGUCAAUGCCGAAAGUGGAAAAGCGGAGAACCAUUUCAAUUUGGUCCAACUGAACGCUGCGCUGAAGUUCAACUCAGCGGACUAUGUUGAUUUGAAGCUUACAGAGGAAAAUCGGCAAAUGCUCAUGAAGAUGUCAUUCAAGAAGACUACAGCCGAUAGUUCCGAUGUUACUGCGUAUCUCUUUGACCAUGCCGUCUUGCUAGUUCGUGUCAAAGUGGUGAAUAAACGCGAGGAAUCUCGAGUUUAUAGGAAACCCAUUCCUUUGGAACUGUUAGUAAUCGCUCAGAUGGAAGAGGUUAUCCCACGACUGGGUAUUGCCAAAAGACCUUCGUCCAGUCUCCUGUCCAACAAGACUGUCAUCAACAAUCCCCCUCCUGCCAAAGAUGGCGGCCUGCCUAUCACGUUUAGACAUCUCGGCAAAGGUGGUUACGAACAAACUCUCUAUGCAACGAGCGGCGCCACACGGCGGAAGUUUAUUGAAGCAGUAGAGCAGCAACAACACAAACUGUGGGAGCGAAACAGCAAUUUCUACAACAAGACGAUCCUGAGCGAGGGCUUCUUCGCAGCGGUCAACCGGAUCAACUGUCUUGUUCCGAUUGACGGAGGCCGAAAGCUGGUCUACGGGACUGAUAAUGGUAUAUUCGUCUCUGAACGCUGGCCCAAGGACAAAACUGCAAAACCAAGAAAGGUUCUAGAGGCCACUCAAGUCACGCAAAUCGACACUCUAGAAGAGUACCAGCUGCUUUUGGUUUUGGCAAACAAAACCCUUUCUUCUUAUCCAAUGGACGCUCUCGAUUACGUUGAGGGCCAGAACAGCAUGGCAAAACGGCCCAAGAAAAUUCAGGGUCAUGCCAACUUUUUCAAGGCAGGCAUUGGUCUCGGUCGUCAUCUUGUCUGUUCGGUCAAAACAUCGGCGCUGUCAAGUACUAUCAAGGUCUACGAGCCGAUGGACAAUCUGGCAAAGGGAAAAAAGAAGUCUGCUGUCAGCAAAAUGUUCCAGGGUGGCCAGGAUACUCUUAAGCCAUUCAAGGAAUACUACAUCCCUGCCGAGUCUUCUUCCAUUCACUUCCUGCGCUCUACUUUGUGCGUCGGUUGUGCACGUGGCUUUGAAGUGGUCAGUUUGGAAACAACGGAGACGCAGUCUCUACUUGACCAAGCCGACACAUCUCUUGAUUUUGUGGCACGAAAGGAGAAUGUCAAGCCCAUCCAUAUUGAGCGUUUGAACGGCGAGUUCCUACUCAACUAUAGUGAUUUCUCAUUCUUCGUCAACCGCAACGGGUGGCGAGCCCGUCCGGACUGGAGGAUCGCCUGGGAAGGCAACCCGAACUCUUUCGCCUUGUCCUACCCUUACAUCCUGGCGUUCGAACCCAAUUUCGUUGAAAUUCGACACGUCGAAACAAGUGAAUUGACGCAUCUUAUGACCGGCAAGAAUAUUCGCAUGUUACACAGUUCCACUCGCGAGAUUAUCUACGCCUACGAAGAUGAGCAAGGAUAUGACACUGUUGCCAGUUUAGAUUUCUGGACCAACAAGCCACAGCCAGCCGCCACUUGA